UAAUAAUUUUAGAAACCCAAAAAUAAAACAAAGACCCAAUUCUAUCACAAAGGAUUAAACACAUCUAAGUAUUGCACAUGGUGUGUGAGGAGGACUCUCGGAGAAGUGAAGCAGGCGGGCAGUGUGCUGUAAUGCCGCCCUCCUGCACAGAGGGCGUGUUGCCUUGAAUCAGCCCUGAGCGGAGAGCGUGAGGGGAGCAGGUCUGGAUGAAGGCUGAUUAUUAUUCCUGGACUCAGACACUUGAGAUGAUGGCGGCCGAUGAGAAUGAAGAAAUGCGAAGCCUGGAGCUCAGUGGCCAAGUGGGGUUCAACAGCCUUCCUCAUCAAGUGGUCAGGAAGUUAGUUGCUCAGGGAUUUUGUUUCAACAUCCUCUGUGUAGGUGAAACAGGAAUAGGCAAAUCCACCCUGAUCAACACGCUUUUCAACACGACAUUUGAAAACGAGGAAGCUGAUCAUUAUGAGCAAGAAGUGAAGCUGCGUUCGCAGACGUACGAGCUGCAGGAGCACACUGUCAAACUGAAGCUGACCAUUGUGCACACUGUAGGCUUUGGAGACCAAAUCAACAAGGAUGAAAGCUGCAAACCCAUUCUUGACUACAUCGAAGCCCAGUUUGAGAAAUAUCUGGAAGAGGAGCUAAAAAUAAAGCGUUCCCUCUCCAACUACGACGACACCAGAGUCCACAUCUGCCUGUAUUUCAUCGCUCCCACAGGGCACACCCUGAAAUCUCUUGAUCUGGUUACGAUGAAGAAGCUGGACAGCAAAGUCAACAUCAUUCCCGUUAUUGCAAAGGCAGACAUCAUGUCAAAGACCGACCUGGGAAACUUAAAGAAGAAGAUCAUGAACGAGCUGCAGAGCUACGGUGUGCAGAUAUAUCAGUUUCCGAAUGAGGAUGAGGAAGUUGGAGAGAUAAACUCCUCCUUAAAUGCUCGCCUUCCCUUUGCUGUCGUUGGAAGCACGGAGGAUGUUAAAAUCGGGAACAGAGUGGUGAAAGCGAGGUCGUACCCCUGGGGAGCUGUACAGGUGGAAAACGAAGAGCACUGCGACUUUGUCCAUCUGAGAGAGAUGCUUCUGCGCGUUAACAUGGAUGAUCUCCGGGAGCAAACGCACUCUCAUCACUACGAACUCUAUCGCCGCUGCAAGCUACAAGAGAUGGGCUUCAAGGACACUGACCCUGACAGCCAGUCGUUCAGUCUGCAGGAGAUGUAUGAAGCCAAAAGAAGGGAGUUCCUCAAAGAGCUGCAGCACAGAGAGGAAUCAAUGAGACAGAUGUUUGUUAACAAAGUGAAGGAAACGGAAGCCGAGCUGAAAGAAAAGGAAAAAGAGCUUCACGAGAGAUUCGAAGUGCUGAAGCGCAUGCACCAGGAAGAAAAGAGGAAUCUGGAGGAGAAAAGGCGAGAACUGGAAGAAGAGAUGAAUGCCUUCAACAGGAGGAAGGUAGCAGCUGAAACGCUGAUGGGACAAGCGCUGCAGGGAUGUUCACAGCAGCCGCUCAAGAAGGAAAAGGACAAAAAGAAUUGAAAUAAAGCUUCUUUAGUCUCCCCUCUGCGUGCUCCUUAAGCUCAGGAAGGAACCUGAAUUAGAAGACUUUCUACCGCAUGAGAACGUCAGACUAACAAUCAAGUGUUUUUAUUUUUACAACGUUUAAUGAAGAUUUUAUAGAACUAAAACAAGCUUCAAGGUGAGUCAACCUGAUGUCUUCAAUGUCAUCUACAACUUUAUCUGCACACCUUUAAACAACGUGCUGUGGCAUUGUCUCUGCAUGGCUCCUGAACUUGAUUCCUGCAAGUACUAAGACGUCUGCUUCGCCAAAAUGUGUUUUUGUGCUACAGUGCCUUGCAAAAGUGUUCACACUUUUUGAAUUUUUCCAAAUAUUGACUAUGUUGCAACCACUAACUUCUGUAUCUUUUAUUAUGCUAUUAUGUUAUAUAAAAGAGCAACGCAAAGUAGUACAUGGUUGUGCAGUGGAACAGAAAUUACGCAUGGUUUUCAAAUUUUAUUUAUUUAUUUUUUUUUCACAAAGAAAUAUCUGAAAGGUGUGGUGUGCAUCUGUAUUUAGCUCUUUUAAGGUCAAUCCAUUCUGAAAUAGCUUUGUGCCGCUAUCACGGCCAUGAGUUUUAUGUGGUAUGGCUUCUUUGCAGAUCUAAAAAUCAAAAUUUUAAACCUGUUCAAACCCAAUCAGAAUGGAUAUAGAACAUCCUGUAUGCUGUGUUCCUUUGUCUGCAAAAGGAUCUUUGAUAUUAACUAAUGUUCUCUAAAAAAAAUCAAGCACCGUAGUACCAUAUUCAGUGAGAUGGUGUUAGACAUGGGUCGGACUCUUUAGAUAAUCAUGACUUCUGAAGGAAUUGGUUGCAGUAAAUUUUAUUAAGAAAUACUAGAGUAAAGAAACACAUGCAGCACUUUAUAUUUUUU